GCUGCUUCCCUGGCGGAUUACUUUACCUGCGACUGCCCCCCUUCCCGACAACUCGGUUUGGCUUUUCUGGUUUCUCCAAGAUACCUUCCUACCUUGCCUUCUGAGAUACAACGCCAUCUUCGUCCAUCACAGCCAGUACUCAGGACGAGACUCAUCCAAGAAAAGAACAAAAGGGAAGCUGGCGUCGGACAACAACUGCAGCAUCUCCAAUCACGACCAGGCCACCGGAUCUUCCCACCUCAUCCUGUCCUUCCCCAGGUGAAUUACUGCAGGCAGCCCACCGUCCGUCCACAGCUUCCGCAGACCGCAGACCACAGGCGCUGUGCAGAUCGAAGCCUUGCCUCAUCGGGUGCGACUUACACCACGCACCACCACCACCAACCACGCACUGCGCAACGUCAACCUCCUCCGAGUCCCCAACUCUUGCUCCUCCUUCUGCUUCUUCCCUCCCAUCUUUCUUCUCCUCUUUCCGCUCUCAUUCUACAACUAUCGCAGCAUCAUCUUGCUCAAACUCGACUCAGCCUCCCUUUGCGCGAAGUAGUACGCAGUAGCGACCAGAUAGAAUUCAAUAACCCGCCAGGCCAAAUACGAGGCCCCCUCCCUUUACGGAUACUGCCUGCCUGUCACUUUUGCACCCGCAGCUUCGCCUACGCCCGCGCCUGCCACCACAACCUUGAACCAACCACCCCCCCGCCCAUCCCGGCACCUUCAGUCCGGGGCAACUUGGCACCUACACCCAGCAAGCACCCAGCACUCAGUACGAGCGCAAGCACCGCCAGCCUGUGCACGAGCAGAAGAAAGGCAGCCACGGCACACUCGGUGCCAUCCAUCGUCAUUCUGUCCUGUCCUGUCCAUCUUCUCUUCUUCAACAUACCGAACGACAUAAUCAACUUUACAUACCAAUAUCCGAGUCUCGACGCUUAUUAUCGCUAG